AUUCUUUGGCUUGGCGAAAGGCCCGCCACAGGUCUGGUCUCAGAUAUGGACUCGUUUCGCGGAUGAGUUGGAGGCAUUGGUCCAGCUCUCGGUGCAACCCGAUCACAACGGCAACCAAGUCUGGCCCUACAAUGUCUCUUAUGUGCAUCUCGACGAGCAAAUUGGCUAUUCGUAUAUGCGAGUAUGGAGAUCGGAUGGGGAGUCAGUGAUCAAGGCGAACGAUGAUAGGGCCGAGCGGGUGUUCCACGAAGUGGUUCGUUCGAGACGAUGCAAACUGACCGAGACGGCAAAGGUUACGCAGAGGUAGCGAGCUUUUUCCCGUGGACGUCGUGCUACUGACGGUUGUUUGAUAUCAUCGAGACAGUCUAUCGUGCUGCUUCGAAAGAAUAUGCCUGGCCAACGUGCUUCGCUCAUAGAUUACUUAACUACAGACGCUACGUCUGCCGACAGUGUGUGUACUGUCUGUGUACUGUCUGUGUACUGUCUGUGUACUGUCUGUGUACUGUCUGUGUACUGUCUGUGUACUGGUAUUUCUCCUCAAUGUUUCUUCUAUCAUCAAACACAUGAAAUGGCAAUUCUUUGUU